AUGGUAAUACAAAUGAUUGAUCAUUUAUUGAUUUUCUCUUUAUUAUUAUGUCCAAUAAUUCUUUCGGCUGAAUUAUCAUCAUCGUCAUCAUCAUCAGCAUCAACAUUAAUGAGUACAAUAUCUCCUGUAAAAUUAAUUCAUUCUAAAAUAAUCUAUUCAGUGGAUAUGAAUCCAAUUGGAAUAUGUCAACCACCAUGUUUAAAUAAUGGAAUAUGUCGUCGUGAUCGUCAUCCCCAUAGUAAUAAUAAUAGUAGUAGUAGUAGUAAUAAUAAUGAUAAUUUAAAGGAAAAUGAUUCAAAAUGUAUUUGUACACCAGAUUUCAAAGGGAUUGAUUGUGGUGAAGAGGCAGAAACAGAUUUAACAAAUUGUCAAGAAUCAACAUGUAAAUAUAGUGGAACAUGUGUUGGUACAUCAAAAACACCAAAAUGUUUAUGUAAAGAUCAUACACGUGGGAAACGAUGUCAAAGACAUGACCUUAUAUUUAUCGUAGAACUUAAAAUAUACGAUAAUGGCAAAGAAGCUGUCUGGCAAAAAGACUUUGAAGAUAAGUCAAGUUAUUUAUCUACCAUAAAAGCAUUAGAUGUUUGUAAACUUCUUAAAUUAAGUAUCAUUCGUGGAUCAAAUAUACAAUUAUCGAAUUCAUUUAUUGAUUGUUAUUUAAUUACUUAUCAUAAACUAUCAGUCAUAAUUGAAGUUGCAUUAAUAUUAGAUAUAGAAUUAUCAUUAAUUCCAUUGAUAAAUUUAACAUUAAUACAAAAUCAAAUUAUGACUGGAUUAAAAACAAUGGAUCCAAGUUUAAAUGAAUUCAAAACCAUUUCAUUAGAUGAUAUCAUUUCUGGGAAUUCAUCAACGUUUAAAGUUCAUGUUCAUGAUCCUUGUAAAAAUGGUAAUCAUGAUUGUUCAAUAAAUGCUAAAUGUAUUGUACAACCACAAGGUACUUAUGUAUGCGAGUGUAAUCCUUUUACAAUUGAUGCAUCAUUCGAUGUUAAUUAUCCUGGACGACGUUGUAUGUAUGAUGGUUUAAUUAUAUUAGCAUUUGCUAUUAUUGGUGGCCUUAUUUGUACACUUACUGUACUUAUUUGUGGAUGUCGUCGAACAAUAUGGCGAAGAUAUCGUCGUGGACCAGAAUCUAUUGAUUUAAUUAAUAUGCCAAGAAAUUAUGAUAUUUAA